AUGAGCAGGGAGUGAGAAAGAAAAUCAGUGAGUGAAAUAAAAAGCUAGAUACAGAGAGUCACAAUCAUAGAGAAAUAAGACUUCUAAAGGACCUCUCAGAGAAUGUGUGAAAUAUUGAAUGCGUUCACCAUGGGGCUACGUGACUUUAUAAAGGAGUAUUUUCUUUCUUUCUGGGACUAUGAGACACCUAAGGUGAUGGUGGUCAAAAACAGGACUCUUGGAGUCAUAUACAGAAGCGUCCAGUUCCUUGUGAUCACCUAUUUCAUCUGGUACGUCUUCAUCAGCCAGAAAGCCUACCAAGAGAGUGAAACUCGUCCAGAGAGCUCAGUAUACACGCUCAUGAAAGGCACAGCAGAUCAUGGAGAUCAUAUCUUGGACACAGUGGAGUAUGCUCGACCUUCAGAGGGUGGUGAUGUAAUAAGCACAAUAUUGAGACGAGACGUUACCUAUGAUCAGAAGCACGGAACCUGCGCUGAGAAUUUCAAAGUUGCCAAAGCCAACUGCACGAAACACUCUGACUGUGUCGAGGGAGAGGUUGACUUUGAUGGCCAUGGCAGAAGGACUGGAAAGUGUGUUCAGUACUACAACUACACCUUCAAAACCUGCGAGAUUGAAUCCUGGUGUCCGAUUGAGGAGUUUGCUGCAGUACGAGAACCAGCGUUAGUGGAGGCCAUCAAUUUCACGGUGUUCAUCAGGAACUCUAUCCACUUCCCCAGAUUUAAAGUGCUGAGGGGAAAUAUCAAAGAUGCUUCAAACAAGCGUGACAUGCAGAAAUACCUCAAUAAGUGUCAUUAUCACGAGGAGAAGGAGCCCUACUGUCCAAACUUCCGCCUGGGCUACAUCGCAGAUCAAGCCAGGGAGAACUUCACUGAGCUCUGCAAGACUGGAGGAGUGAUAGGUGUUUUCAUCAACUGGAAGUGUAACCUGGACCUGGAUCCUUCUCACUGUAAACCAACAUAUUCCUUCCGUCGUCUUGAUCUCCGAAAGGACCAGGCCAGCUCUGGUUACUAUUACAGGUUUGCCAAAUAUUACAGUAAGGAUGGGGAAGAGUCCCGGACACUCAUUAAGGCCUACGGCAUCCGUCUGGAUGUCAUAGUUCACGGGCAUGCUGGUAAAUUCAGUCCCAUCCCAACCAUCAUCAGUACAGUGACUGCUAUGACUUCAGUUGGGAUUUGCACCAUUAUUUGUGACUGGAUCAUGUUGACUUUCAUCGAUAAGAACGAAGUCUACAGUGAGAGGAAGUUUGAUGAGGUUAUCAAGGAGCCCACGGUGCCCAUGCCCACAGAGCUCAGCUACAUCCACAGCUACGGCUCAAACCAUUCAGACCUGUCAGAUGGUGUCCCGCUGUGAUGUCAUCACAGUUGCCUCAGUCCUCACAGGCCAAGAGUGUGGACUCUCCUCCGUCAGCUGACUGUGGCAACAACAGAAACUCUGAGUGGUUCCUCAGAUGUCUGAACAGCUCAGUUAUGGGCUGCCAGCGCCCACCAUGCUGUCGUUAGUGGGAACAAACUGACAGAGAACCAGUGACAGAGGUCAUCCUCUGGAGGACAGCUGAUUGUCUUCAAGUCUCAGCCUGUGCAGUGGAUUCAGCUUCAUAUAUCGUCUCAAGCCUCGAUGGACCCCAACUGUGUGCAGCAAUGCAAUUAAUUGUUUCUCUUUCACUAGACAUGACUUGCAGUAACACCACUCAGAAAAUGUGUUUAUUUUCUAAAUAUGAAAAGAAACUAAAAUAAAAUAUUUGAGUACACAUAAUGAGAAA